CGCCGCUCCGGCGGCCGCACGUUCGCGCACCACGGCCUGCGCCGCCAUCCCACACCCUUCCCAGACGGGCACCGCUUCGGACGGCGAAGUCGUCGAUACUUGCCCGACGGUCAUCUACCGUGCAAAAGUUGAUGAGAUCCCGUCUCACCUCCGCCACAAGCUCUGGACAAGGGACGUCGCGGAUUUCCACCGCGACGCUGAGCGAGCAGGAAAUGCUGGGAAGCGCUACCGCUCGAUGGCCGAGCAUGACACGAAGGUGGGCAAGCAGCGCGGUCUCUUUAUGACCAUCCCCAAGACCGAGCAGGGCCCGGCGGAACACCUUUGCCAGGCUUUGGGGCUCUCCUUCCCGGAGCGUGCGCGGGCCUGUCCCGCCGACCAAGAAAAAGCGAUUGAAUUCGCAUCAGAGCCUGUGCACAAGCAGCAGCUCCACCGAAAGAAGGCCCUUCGCUACUGGCGGGCGAGGGCGCGGGCACUUGAGCCAGAGAGGCAGGCCCUGCUUGAGAAGCUGGGCGACGCAGAGCGGGGAGUCGUCGGUGACAGCCACCUCCCCGUCUUGCGCGAGAUGUUCCUCGCGACGGGCCUCGGGGGAACCGAGUACCUCCAGCGACUAUCGAAGGAUGGCACCGCGAUCAUCGGCACCCUGCGCGAGGAAGGGGUGUACCCCGUCAAGGGGAGUGAGGCGCCAAAGAUGUCGCUGGAGGAACUUUACCGGAGGAAAGAGGAUGUGAUCCAGCACAUCGAGCGGGUUACUGCCCGCGACGCGGCGGAAGACCGGCAGCUGGUUUGGGAUUCUCUGAAAUCCGAAGCGGGGCGCGGGGUGGUCUCCGGGCCCUUCCACCUCGACAAGGACAAGGACCAGCUCCCGGAGAGUUUUGUAGUUCUCCGGCGUUUCAUCGUCGAGCAGCCAAAGCCCGACGGCACGGUGAAGAAGCGCCCGUGCGACGACGGGCGGCGCGGCCUCUGCAAUGAGGCGACUAGCAUCCACACGCCCAUCUGCCUGCCCGGCAUCGAUGACUUGGUCAGUGACCUGGAGCGGUUGACGCGGCGGAUCCUGGACAAGGAGGGGGACGCCGCCGAUGUGCGGCUCGCGUCGUGGAUCGCAGACCACAGUGACGCCUACAAGCGGCUUCUGGCCGCGCAAGAUGUGCCGGUCUACAUCGCCGCGGUGUCGCCUUGCGACGGCUCGCUGUAUCUCUGGCGGGCGACCACCUUGGUCUUUGGGGAGUCCGGGGCCGUUCUUGGAUACGGCUCCUACAGCAGUAUGACCACUUGCCUGGUCAGGCGCAUUCUGGGCUGCCCGACCCGGGCCUACGUGGACGACUACCUGGGGGUCCACAGGUACCUUGACGACAGCAUGCUUGAUGACGUGCUUGAGUUCCUCCGGGACAUUUUGGGCCAGGCCUUCAACUACGAGAAGACCCAGCGCGGGGUGGUCGUCAUUUGGCUCGGGGUCCGGAUUUCCCUGGAGGCCUUCGCAGUCACGCUUGACAUAGGGGAUUUCCAGCGGAAGAGGCUGAGGGACUCGAUCGCGACGGCCCUGGCCGCGGACGAACUGGCGCCAGAGCCCGCAGGGAAGAUGGCGGGCCGGCUGUCGUGGUGCAGCUCGGUCGCCUUUGGGCGGAACGGUCGGGCCUACCUUCCCCCGAUCUACGCGCGGCAGCACUCGCAGCGGCAAACCGUGGGGCGGUGGCCGCUGGGAAAAAGACUACGCGAAGCCCUCCAAUGGUGGGCAGGCACGAUGAGCAGCGCCUUCAGCCGUACCAAGUCGCUCAUGCCGGCCUCCCGGCGGCCGCUGGUCCUCUACACAGACGCCUCCGGGCUUUACGGCGUUGGCGCCGUGCUUUUGGACCAAGACACACAGCGCUUCAAGUGGUUCAGCUUCCACUACGCCGAGCUGAUGCCGGUCGUCCGGGCGCUUUUCCCGGACUUCACGGAGGAGAUUGAGUACUGGGAGACCUUCACCUUUCUCCUCGCCGCAAUCAUGUGGCGCGACGACCUACGUGGGCGCCAGACCUUCGUCUUUAUUGACAACGAAUGCUCGCAGGCUAGCACCACCAAGGGCUGGUCGGAGUCCGAGAAGUGCAAUGGGCUCAUCGCACUAAUUUGGCGGCACCUGCUUGCCAUCGACGCGGAGGCUUGGGUAGAGCGGGUCGCCUCAGACGACAACUGCGCAGACCCGCCCAGCCGCGGCAUCUCGCCACGCAAGGCGAUGGGGGCGGCCUUUUCCGCCUGGGGGUCCGACCGGGUCGGUUUCGACGGCGCGGACUUCCACCGGGUGUGGGAGUCCAUCAAGCAGUGAUGUGCACUAACGAUGUUCGGCGCCGCCCGAACAUGCUUAUCGGAAAAAAUUGAAUUCGUUCUACGUUUUCUGUUUACCCUGUAUGAUGAUAUGUCCAGGCACUUUCACUGUCGCUCUUACUUCAUUCUGUAAGAUGUAGAUGAUAGUUAGUUAUCGCAUUCACGUGCACGUUUUGGCGCCAGCCCACUUCACCACUGACUGACGUUACACAGACAUAGAAUUUUCGCCCCCUGAUGUGAGCCAGCGAAGCUAGCAGCUCAGGGGCUCCGAUGAGGGCCAUCGCAUUGGUCGCGAGCGCAUAUCUGGGUUAGGUUUAGGACUCAUCCUGAUGAGCCUCAAGUACAAACUUCACAUGCACACAUUCUGACAUAUCUCAGCUCGCGCACGCAGGAAU